UAAGGAAAGUAGCAAAAAACACACACAUCACACAGUAACCGACCAUCCUUAAAUCUCUCUAUUUCUUCUUCUUUUCUUUGCAUAAACAGAUAAAAGUAUAAUUGAUGACAUAUUGGUAAUUUUAUAUGCACUUGAUUUAUUAGUUUAUCCUCAAAGACUAAGAAAAGAAGAGUAGGUACUCUGACAGGAGAUUAGAAUUUUGGCAUUUGAAGCAGGGUUAGAAAGUACAAAAUUAUGGCCAAUAAUGCAGCAGCUUGUGCUGAAAGAGCUACUAGUGAGAUGCUGAUUGGUCCAGACUGGGCAAUAAAUAUUGAGCUAUGUGAUAUCAUUAACUCGAACCCUGGACAGGCAAAGGAUGCUCUGAAGAUACUGAAGAAACGUCUUGGGAGCAAAAAUCCUAAGAUACAGCUGCUUACGCUAUUUGUGCUGGAGACUCUGAGCAAAAACUGUGGUGAGAAUCUGUUUCAGCAGAUUGUUGAGCGGGACGUUUUACAUGACAUGGUUAAAAUUGUCAAGAAGAAGCCUGACUUAAAUGUAAGAGAGAAGAUUCUGAUUUUGAUUGAUACAUGGCAAGAAGCUUUGGGAGGUCCGAGGGGAAGAUUUCCGCAAUAUCAUGCUGCCUAUAAUGAACUGAAGUCUGCUGGAGUGGAAUUUCCGCCAAGAGAGGACAACAGUGUGCCACUUUUUACCCCACCACAGACCCAUCCUAUUGUGCAACCUACCGCAGAAUAUGAGGAAGCUGCAGUGCAGGCGUCUCUUCAGUCUGAUCCUUCUGGACUCAGCUUGCCAGAGAUUCAGAAUGCUGAAGGACUUUCAGAUGUGUUGAUGGAGAUGUUGGGCGCUCUGGAUCCUCACAAUCGUGAGGGAAUAAAGGAUGAGAUUAUUGUUGACCUUGUUGAACAAUGCCGUAAUUAUCAAAAGCGUGUUAUGGUUCUUGUUAACAACACUGCAGAUGAGGAGCUUUUGUUGCAAGGAUUGACACUUAACGACAAGUUGCAGCACGUUCUUUGCCGACACGAUGACAUAGCCAAAGGAAACCCUACUGCUGCAGUAAGGACUACAGAAACACCAGUUGCAGCUCUUAUGAAUGUCAAUCAUGAGGAUGAUGAGCCAGAAGAUGAUUUUUCUCAGUUGGCACACAGAUCCACAAGGGAUACAUCGCAAGGACAAGGACGAAAGCCCACAAAUGCAUAUGGUGAACCUUCACGAAUUAACCCAAUUCUUCCUCCUCCUCCGCCUUCAACAAAAUUUUCUACCCCUGAUACUGGAAUGGUUGAUUAUCUUAGUGGUGAUGCUUACCAGUCUGAGAGAUCUUCAGGAACAUCAGCAUCUGUGCCUGUUGCAGUAGCAACUCAGUCAAACAACAAAAUCUCUGUUCGAACAUCGAGCCCUUCCCAGCCCUUAUCAUCACCUCCUGAUGAAUUCAUUAACCCCACAGCAACCAUGUUCCCUCCAAAAUCCACAUAUGAUGAGCCAACUUCUUUGGCCAAAUCUGCUGAUCCUUUGCCAUCUGCACCUUGGGACGUUCCUCCUCCAAGCAGCAUUCCACCGCCACCAUCGAGGCACAACCAGAGACAACAAUUUUUUGAGCAAAAACAGAAUACUAUUCCUGGUGGUUCCCCGCAUUCGAGCAGUGGAUCUGGUUCCUCUUACGACAGCUUAGUUGGGCAGACUCAGAACCUUUCCCUGAGAACAUCAACCCCAACAAGACAAGACAAGCAAGAAGAUGCCCUCUUCAAAGAUCUGGUUGAUUUUGCAAAAGCCAAGUCUUCAUCAUCCUCGAAAGCUAAUAAUAGGUCAUAUUGAGUGAUGUCAUUGAUAUUGUUAUUCGUGGUGGUACAGAUUUUGAUAUCUUAACUCUUAUCAGCUUUUACUUCAUUUAGAGUCUUUUAUUUAGUCUUUAAAUAAAUGUGGAUGGGAAUUCGGCUGGUGCAUUUUCCUGUGACAUGGUAUCUAUAGUCUUUGCACUUGCUGCCCAGUGACAUGUAGUGUAGCUGAGAUGAUGUGAAUUGUUUCCUACAUUGAGUUUUUGUGAAUAUAUAUUAUUUUGUUUUUUGUUUUUCC